AACGCACGACCCGCCAUCUAGAGUCCGUUGCUUCCGGUAUCGAGCAGCAGUAGAAUGGCAGUUGCGCGCAAAAGUCUGUUUAUUUACGUGCUGUCGAUGAUUAAUUGAUUGCGAAGUUGGUUCCACGAGCGAUAUCUGCUGAGUGUGCCUCGCAAUAACGGGCUCGAAAUGGUGCACGCGUGACAUACACCGAAAACAAGAACGAUACCAAAUGGGAAAGAUACCGUGAAUGUCGUCGUCAAUGUAUUCAGGCUGUCGUCGUUCUAACCUAUUUAUCGAAACAUUGUACCUUGCGUUCUGGAACUUUCCGACGCGGUGUCAACAUUUGUUUGCCAACAGUGGUUCGGCAUGAUGCCAUGUUCCCGCAAACGCUGAGCACAGAACCGUGCAAAAUCGUGGGCAUGGCCGACGAAGUGCUGCCGGCGAGUUUGGAGAAGCUCGAAAUUGAUCGUCUUUCCUCGAGUUGUCCUCAUCUUACAUCUACCGACAAAGCAAAGUCACCAAAUCCAUUUAGGACGACAAGUAAAAGUGUUGGCUCCGAUUGCAGUUAUUUAUUUCAAAGAAGAUCGAUGCCUGGUAGGCCAAUGUUAACUACGGUCAGUCCUAGAGGCAUAAAAAGCACAACGAACUUCAAACCAUCAAGAAAUGAAAGAGUACUCGACAAAAAUAAGAAAUCUUCGAUAAUCAAAGAGGCUGUUUUAAAAUUAAAUGAUACCGGCACUAAUUGUCUUAGCGAUAAUCUAGCAAAUACACUCUUUAAGGAAACAUGUAAACUUAGUAUUUCGUGGAAAAAUCGUGAGAUUUUUGGCCACGGUUCGGUCACAAAGGACUUUAAAGCGCUAACCAUUAAUCAGGAUACUAGACAAGCUAAAGACGACACCAGCAUUCAAGAUAAUUUUCAAGCUAGUAGUUUCCAACGAGCGCGUAGCAAUACGAUGCCAAGUUUAAAAAGGGGGCCCGGUCCGGGUGGAGGUAACGGCAAUCAAUCGGAGACCAGCAGUUCUACUGGUCAGCCUUCGAGUUCAAACACAUGUUCGGUACAAGCAAGAAUAUCCCCACCUUCGUGCGAUGUCACCAUCGACGAACUUGCCAGCUAUUUCGAAGAGUUUGUUCAUAUUCCAAAGAAGAUGUCACACAUGGCAGAAAUGAUGUAUAUUUAAUUGUAAUGUAUUAAAUUAUAACUGGCAGAUUUCUUAUACAGUUUUUCAAGGACUAGCAUGCAGUAUUCGUGCAUGAUUGUGAGUCUAAAUAUUAUAUGUUUGCUACAAAACCAAUUUAACGUGGUACCUAAAUUAUACAUAAUAUACAAUAAAAAUAAAAAAGCGGAAAAAACGACAAAAAGGAAGAAUCUGCAUUAUUGUAGAAAGAAAGUAUUAAAAGUGAUACAAUUUCAAUAUCGUUCUAGAAAAAGUGAUUUAAAAAAAAAAAAUACAAAAAAUUAAUAAAAUGAUGUGCGGAUUUAUUUAUUUUCUAAAACCGUUUUGUGUCCAGCUAUUUCAUUUAAUUUCUAAUGGAAAAGAAAGAAUUUAAUAUCUUUAUUUACAAAUUUUUGUAUUACGAGAUGAAUGAUUGGUACUAGAAUAAAUUUCAUGGAAUUAA